GGCGGGGGCGGCGGCGGCGGCGGCGGCGGGGAAGGUGCUGCCCGCACCCGCGGGCGGCUCCGCGCGGCGGAUGCGUGUGCAUGAGCGCGGCACCGAGCGGGCGCAGGAAGCGCCCCCGCUCCGCCGCCUCCAUCUUCCAGGGAGGCAAGACCUCGCCGCAUGGCUGCGACAGCGAACGCCGGGGCAGCGGCUCCGACAGCGCCUACCAGACCCAGCGAGCCCUGGACGACUGUAAGAUGCUUGUCCAGGAGUUCAAUACCCAGGUGGCUCUCUACCGGGAGCUGGUCAUUUCUAUUGGGGAUAUCUCUGUCACCUAUCCAUCUCUGCAUGCAGAAUUGCACAAAACUCGAACCCGGGGAUGUGAGAUGGCCUAUGAGGCUCAUCAAAAACUAGCAGCAAUUUCUGGCCCAGAAGAUGGUGAAAUUCAUCCUGAAAUCUGUAGGCUAUACAUCCAGUUGCAGUGUUGCUUAGAAAUGUACACAACAGAAAUGCUGAAGUCCAUUUGUCUGCUAGGAUCACUGCAAUUUCAUCGCAAAGGAAAAGAACCUUGUGGCCCACCCAAGAUUCUAGAUAUUAAAGUGGAGGAGAGUUCUGAAGUACCUAUUUUAGAAGACAUGUCAUCACCAACAGAUGUUCAGCAGCAUCUAUGGCAGGUUUCCACAGAUAUUGAAAACACUGAAAGAGAUAUGAGAGAAAUGAAAAACCUUUUAAGCAAACUCAGGGAGACUAUGCCUUUACCACUGAAAAAUCAAGAUGAUAGCAGCCUCCUAAACUUGACUCCAUAUCCAUUGGUAAGAAGACGGAAGCGAAGAUUCUUUGGAUUGUGUUGUCUCGUCUCAAGUUAGAAGAUUAAGCACAGAAGCACAAAGAAGAUCAUGACUUUAUUAAACCACUAUUAUUUGACCACUGAAAAGAUGAACGUUGAUCCCCUUGAUUAUAAAGUACAUUUUCUACACUACACUAUUCAUUUUGCUCUUCUGCUCCAUCCUAUUUUCAGAUAAGGGAUUUCACAGUUUAAAAUUAUGGUGAUCAAAAAACAGGUGUGAGAUAGAUCUAGCAUAUUUAAAACUUUUUAAAGUAUGUUCUGCAUGCUUACUUUCAAUCACUUGAAGACACAUGAAUUAUGGUUCAUGGAUAAUUUCAAGGGUUUUUUUUAAUUGUUUGAAUUGCCGCUAAAAGCUUGUGCAUAGUACAGUAUUCUUAGUAUCAUAUUGAAAUAUUUGGUCAUACUCUUAACAGUCUUUAAGCAUAGAAAAAUAUUUAACAGCAAAAGUAUUAAAGUUCUAAACAUUCAAACAAUAUUGUAACAGAAUUUGCACAAAAUCUCCAGUUGGUUUUUGUGCUCACAUUCAUAUUUAGUCUUCCAAUAUAUCUCAAUUUAAAAGCUUCAUAGAAAAAUAUCUUAAUUUAUGAUACACAAAUCAUGUAUGAAAAUAGUUAGGACUUGUAAAUACAGAGAAAUCAUAAUAACUACAUACUGUACAAUGCAUAGAAGCAACAGAUUUCCUUUAAGUCAAUAGUAUAUCUACAAGCAUUUGGAAAAAAAUAAGUAAUUUAUUAAAGGGAGGUAUUAAAAUAAACAAUGCAAAACACUACACCAACCCAUUUUGUUUCCAAUAGAAUUCAAAGCAUGGUGUCUGCAUAUCACUAAGUAUAAAUCUUAUAAGGCAUGCCAGAAUCUUCUGAGACUGUAAGAUAUUAAAUGAUUUACAUUGUUAAUAAAGUUUUUUAUUUAAUUAAAUAUUGUCUUGUUUCU